AUGGUGAACGUCAUGCUCCCUCUGCGCGGUGCGCAGGCCGUUUUUACAAUGGUGGAGCUUGGUCUCACAUCCUACGUGUCCAACUGGUGGGCCAACUACUGGAGGGACGAGGUCCCCGCCGAGAUUAUUUUGCUGCUUUUCGCCAGUGUUUUCAGCCUGAUCACGACCAUGUAUCUGUCACUCGCUGCUCUGAACAAGCUGCCCGCUAUCGCCGCAAAUCGCUACGCGCUCCUCGCCGCCGAUGGUCUCACUAUGACUUUCUGGUUUGCUGGGUUCGUCGCGCUGGCCGUAUUUCUGAGCAGCCGCGUGUGCUUUGGAAAUGUGUGCAACAUCGCCAAGGCUGCCGUCGCCUUCGGCGCCUUCAGCUGGUUGCUCUUUGCCGCGACGACGGCUUGGGCCGGAAUAUACACUUACCGUGCCCGCAACCCAGUCACGCCGAAGGAAGUCGAGUCUGAAAUGGCCCAGUCGUGAUUACGCCCGGGCAUGAGCAUUACUGAAAGGACGGGCCGCAUUUCCAGCUCGAGUUUUAAAAGCUUUGAGACAGUGGACCUUCACUCGGACACUGAGAAGCAAGCUUGACAUGCAUGCUGCUGAUAUCCUUUCAUUGUCUAUGACACGACUCUCAUGUCGUCACGAGUCACUUGCACGACAGUGGCUCGCUCGCUCUGUCUCUUUCCGCCUCCGGUACUCCUUAGUCCCGGAAUCUGCGUGCCUCGUAUUCAAGAACUUUGUAUUCCUAUCGUUUUCGUUUGGUAUGACUCGAUGGGCGUAAAAUGGCCUGGGUGAAGAGGUGAUCUUGUG